AUGUUUAGCCGAUUUGCCCGGCCCGCUCUGCGCGCGGCUUCCGCCCAGACACCUAUCUCCUCCGCCCUCCCACGCUUCCAGACCCGUGCUCUCCAUCGCAUCCCCCAAUUGCAGAACGAAAAGUACUACAAGGAGAAUGGUAUCCCAGAAUUCAUGUCGCCGGAGGGUUUUGACUUCGCCUGGACCCAAUACCAGAACCUCCUCGUGGACAAACUCAACCUGUUGACACAAGACACCGUUGACGCGGAUGCUAAGCCUGGAGAGUUGCUGGUCAAGUACUCCAAGCGCGCGGAGAUGGCCUCGGUCUUCAACUACGCCUCCAUGGCUCACAACAACCACUUCUUCUUCAACUGCCUGUCCCCCCAAAGCACCGAGAUCCCCGAGAAGUUCGCCCGGGACAUCAUCGACACCUGCUCCUCCGUCGAGUCCCUCAAGCUCGACUUCCUGGCCACCGCCAACUCCAUGUUCGGUCCCGGCUUCGUUUGGCUCGCCAAGAACCUCGAGCGUGAGGGUAUGAUGCAGAUCUUCUGCACCUACAACGCCGGCUCUCCCUACCCGGCCGCCCACUCCCGGCGCCAACCCGUCGACAUGGCCACCCAUACCCCCGAAACCCAACUGGGCAAUCAGUUCGCCGGUUCUAUGGGCGCCCAUGCCCAGAACCAGAAGAGCUUAGCCCCCGGUGCUAUUGAUGUGCAGCCCAUUCUGUGCGUGAACACUUGGGAGCACACCUGGAUGAUGGAUUAUGGUAUUGCCGGCAAGGCCGAGUACCUGGAGCGCUGGUGGGAUCGUAUUAACUGGGACGUUGUGUUCGACAACUACAACGCUAUCAGCUCUAUGCGAUCGAAUCCCUCGAUGGCCCAGGCUCGGAGUCUGAGCAUGUCUUGA